AUGUCUCGAUAUAAAAACGAAUUUUUCGAUAUUGGAUCGAGAUGUCUCGGUAUUGAAGCGAAACACCCCUUAAAGUUCGUGCUGGAGAGGGAGGGUCUGAGAAUUCACAGGCUGGACCUGAGAGACAAGGGCCUUUACAGAUGCUUCCAUCUCUCCAAGGAUCACGUGGUCACUGAUGUCAGACAAAUCAAUGUUGAUAUUCUAUAUCCUCCAGUCGUCUUAAGACACCCAUCAUCAGAGCCUGCCAUCAAAGGGAAGAACUUGACCUUGACUUGUCAGGCAGAUGGCAACCCCCCAGUUCAUUACGAAUGGCUCAAGGAGAAGAUGAUCACUGAAAUAAUCCGAGCGAAGGUUCGUGUGGCAGAAAGCACAGAAACAUUAGUUAUUCCGAACUUCGAUCAGUCAGACGAAGGCAGAUACUUCUGCAAAAUCUCCAACCCUCUUGGUUUCAAAGAAAAUUACGUCGAUAUUCAAAUGCUAGUGCCACCAAAGAUAUCACUCUCAAUAACAAACACCUCUCUUUUGGAGAACUCCACUCUGAACAUCAUCUGCGGCACCACAGGCGUGCCAGUGCCCAAGAUAUCCUGGACCAUGCUGCCCAUCAACAACAACCAAACUAACGACGUUAAAAUGGAUUCUUUGCACGAACGCAACCAGCCAGGUGUGAGCACUAUCGUCAUCCAGAGAUUGAAGAGGAAGCAUGCUGGCAAGUUGACGUGCAAAGCUUCAAAUGUAGCGGGAACAGCUUCGUCAUCGGCCACCAUUCUGGUCGAAUUGGUGUUCAUUUCAGUCAAACCAGAAGUAAAGAUGGAGCUAAUUGAAAAUUUGGACUCAGAUGAUGAGGAGGAAACGGAGAAAAAGUUCAUUUCUGUUUUGUGCUUGGGGACUGGUUUUCCACUUCCCGACCUGUUCUGGCUGCAAAACAACAACAAAUUAUUCUCCGAUCAAAAUGACAAGUUCAGCAUCACCCAUCGAGUUGAAUCGCCAACGAAAAUUCUUUCAUAUUUGAAUAUUUCUGAGGUGAAAAGUAGAAGAGAAACAUUAACCAACCUGUCCUGCCUGGCCAGGAACAUGCAUGGCAAUGUUUCGACGUACCUGGAAGAUGAUGACGCCAUUGAAGAGGAAGAAAUAGAUUACACGAUGAAGUAUUAUGAUGAGACUACUGAGCAGAUUACAUUCAAAUCAGAACAAUCAACGAAACAUUUGAAAUCGAUGGAGAAGCAGACGGACGUGGAGCCGAGCAGUGGUGUGAAGUUUGUCGUCAUCGUCUCAAUUGGGUGUGCGUUCGUCAUAGGCCUUAUCGUAACCGCCGUUUUAGCCAAUUGCUUCAUUCAAAGGGAAAAACUAAAAAAAUCCGUUCCAAUUGAUUCCGUAUUUUUAAAACUGCAAAAACCCGUCAUCGUUUCAAAAAACUCGCCUGCAGUUUCAUCACAAUCUCCGAAGGUGUUGGCUGCCAUGAGGAGUAGUGAUCCGAACGAUUCCUUGACGAAGAAGAACAUGGCUGUCAAGUUGGUGAAGAAGUCUCCAGUGUCCAUCAGCACACGCGAAAGCAUGGGAACCAAUUUGAACGGCUACUACAAGGGCGACUCCGUUGAUGACGUCAUCGAUCAGUUCGCUAGCGUUUCAUCAGAUAAACUUCUCGAUUUAUGA